AUGAGAAAAAGGGUAAUGAGAUCAAAACCUGUUGCUUGGCUUAGUGAAGAAAUACCCAAUGAAAAGUGUUUAACUACUACUUUCAAACAUUAUGAAAAGUUUCAAUAUAAAGAAAUAGUGGGUGAAAUUGGCGAUUAUAUAUUAAUUUCAAAUGCGGACGCUGCAGAACCAGAUACAGAAGAGGGUUGCGAUGCAGCAAAAAUUAUUUGUUUAUAUGAGGAUCCUUCAAACAAAAAUGAUCCAUAUAGAGCAAAAGUGCAGUGGUAUUCAAGACCAAGUGACUUACCCAAUGGGUGUUUGAACAAAACAGAACCAAUUGCUUUCUUUGAAAAAGAGGUAGUGGAAGACCAUCGUCCAUUUGAUACUGAUGUAUCUAUAGAAACAUUUUUUAAAAAAUGUUUCAUAACUCUAGCACAUACCAAGGAUUCCGAUGAUAUUAUAAAGGCUUCCCCAUUAUAUCAUUAUAUUUGUAGAUAUAGGCUAUUUGCAAGUGGACGUAAAAAGGUCAAUAUUGAACCAGUCCUUGAAGAUGAAAGAAAAGCAUUACAAAUGUUUUCUACACCAAGAAAAAUAAUUUCUACUACCACGACACCAAAAACACCCAAUAGCUUAAUUAAAAAAAUGAGCAGGGUUUCAGUAUCAGAAUCAAAAAAUUGGAACAUAAGUAAGAAUGACGGAACAAAAAUUUUACUAAAAAGGGCUAUUUUAGCUGAUAAGAAUGAAAAAGAAUCUCCAAUAAAACUAACACCCAAUAAAUCCACUAGACAUGAACAUAGUGUUGUAGAGACUUCAAAAAGUAGCAAAAAACUGAACAAAAACGCUAUAGAAGAAUUACUUUCUAUGGAAUUGAAAGAAAAUUCCGAUGAUGAAUUACCAACACUAAUUAUAAAACAACAUGCGCCAACAACACCCAAAAGAAAAUCACAAGUAAAAAGUAUGGAUGAAACACCUAAGAAAGUUUUGCUUUUUGAAGAUGAAGGAAAAGAAGGUAUCUCUACUCGCUCUGGUAGAAAAAGUAGACAUCCUGUUAAUUACGUUGAGGAAGAAAUAUCACCAGUAAAAAGAACUCCUAGAAAGAAGGUUAUUAAAAAUGAUAGUGAUGAUGAUUUCAAACCAGCUCCAAAGACACCAGUGACUCCUAAAACCCCAAAGACUCCUAAAACACCGAGAAAUUAUGUUGCUAAAACUCCUAAGCGUAGUGUCACCAAAAGAAUUCUUACCAGCGAGCUUACACCUACACUGCAUUCCAGAGCACAUUCUGUUGAUAACAUACAAGAUUAUCUUAAUGAAAAUCGUUCUUUACCUGGACGCGAAAGUCAAAUGGAAGAAAUUUUAUCAUUUGUUAGAAACAAAUUAUUAGAUAAUAUGAGCGGAUGUAUGUAUAUAUCUGGAGUACCUGGCACAGGCAAGACUGCUACUGUAAAUUCAGCAUUAAAAAUUCUAAAGGAUGAAGUAGAUUUGCCAGAUUUUCAAUUAGUUGAAGUUAAUGGUAUGAGAAUUGCAGAACCAAGGCAAGCGUAUGUCCAAAUAUAUAAACAAUUAACAGGCAAAUCUGUGGUUUGGGAACAAGCAUGCACAUUAUUAGAAAAACGUUUUACAACCCCAGGACCGCGCAGAACCCCUACAGUUUUAGUAGUUGAUGAGCUGGAUGCCCUCUGUACGCGGCGUCAAGAUGUAUUAUAUAGUAUAAUGGAAUGGGCGUCACAUAAUUCAGCGUUAUUAACAGUGCUAGCUGUGGCCAACACUAUGGAUUUACCCGAACGGGCCCUUGCUGCCCGAGUGGCUUCUCGUUUAGGCCUCACAAGACUUACAUUUCCACCUUAUACGCACACUCAAUUGCAAUGUAUUGUUGCUACCAGACUAGCAGGUGCCAAUGUUACGCCCGAUGCUGUUCAGUUGAUUGCCAGGAAAGUAGCAGCGGUGUCAGGUGACGCGCGUCGUGCACUAGCAUUGUGUGCGCGCGCACUGGAACUGGCCGGAGCUCGGGGCGCGGGGCUAAAGGAAGUGCAGCAGGCGUUGGGCGAAGCCGCAUCUAGUGCUGCCGUGAGGGCCAUACGGAAUUGCUCGCCGGCCGAGAGGCUCAUGUUGAGGGCAGUUGCUGCUGAGGUUGAAAGAACAGGUUCAGAUGAAACUACAUUAUCCCGUGCAUUGGGAACAGCGGCAGCAAUUGUAGCUUUGGACGGGCGUCCAUAUAAAUCAGCGGUUAGUAUUAGAGCACCGACGCCGUCCCAAGCGCAAGCUAUAUGUGCCCGACUUGCAUCCAUCAAACUGCUGCUGAUGGAACCGAAGCCAGCGGAACCCAGGCUUCUGUUGAAUGUCAGCGUAGAUGAUGUGCAUUAUGCUACUAAACAGAUUGCUGUGUGA